AUGGAUACGCAGAUGUCUUCAUCAUUACCGGAUAAUUACACACCGCCCUCAUCGAAUCUUGAUACCUUGUCCAAAGGUCCUUCACCAGCGGAUAACGCUACAUCUCAGUAUGGUUUUUCUCACACAAUGAUUCGUGUUAAAGAUCCAAUAAAAUCACUCGAUUUUUAUACAAAAAUUUUGGGUAUGACGUUGGUUCGUGUUAUGCCAAUGGAAUCGGGUAAAUUUACAAAUUAUUUUUUAUGUUAUCCACAAUCGUCAGUGCCUACUGAUGAAACAGAAAAGCAACAAUGGUUAUGGACACAACAAGGUGUUUUAGAAUUAUGUCAUAAUUGGGGUACUGAAUUAGCUGAACAAAAUUUUCAAGGUUAUAAAUCGGGCAAUGAACCAGAACAUAAAGGUUUUGGUCAUAUUUGUGUGUUUGUUGAUGAUUUAAAAAAGGCAUGUGAUCGUUUUACGCAAUUAAAUGUUCAAUUUAAAAAGCGACCUGAAGAUGGAAGUAUGAAAUAUAUUGCAUUCAUUUUGGAUCCAGAUGGUUAUUGGAUUGAAAUUAUCGCAAAAGGAGGACGUCGAGAAUGA